AGCAAACUUCAACAGCAGGCCGACGUGGGUAAACAAAACAAACAUAUGAAAAAAAAGAGCCUAAUAACCUAAAAGUUGUAUCUGAUUUUAUAUUUGUAGAAUAUGUAACAUUCUUCUGAAGCGGUCUGAAGCCCGUUAAAGUAGAAAGUCGUUAGCAAAGAGAGGGCGUGCACCUGUCAAAGAUAAAUAGGUUAACACAGCUAACGCGUGCUAGCGCGUUAGCAAGCUAGCUGGCUCGUUGACUCCGCUCAGGUUCGCUAGCUUGCUAGCCAGCCAUGUCUUCCCCCUCCUCCUCCUCCAGGCGCCAGUGGUGCUACCUGUGCGACCUGCCAAAGAUGCCGUGGACUGUGGUGUGGGACUUCAGCGAAGUGGUCUGUCGCGGCUGUGUGAACUACGAGGGAGCUAAUCAGAUUGAAUUCCUGAUUGCGAGCGCCCGACAGCUGAAACGAACUCACGGGAUGCAGGACGGCAGCGUCAGGUCACCUGGUCCCUCUCCAAAUAAACACGGCACAUCAGGCAGAGGUGAUGCGGUGGCAGAUGGAAGCAGGCCGCAUAACGACCGCUUUGACAGAGGUGCAAGAGGAGAAAGUACCGGGUCAACUAUUCGGGUGCCGCCGAACGGGUUACACCGUGAGGGCCAGCCGCCUCAAGAAGUGAACCGUCAGAGCCCCAGCAGCAGCCGGAGACCCAUGAUAGGUGCUGCCAUCCCGCCUAGUCUAGUAACUCAAAGUAUUGCAGGGAUUCCCCAUGGGCUACUUGCGGGCAUGCCAGCGGGUCUGACCGCCAGGACAGCCCCCAUGACCAACCCCAUGAUUUUCCCUGCCCCGGUGCUGGCUGAGAUGAACCGCAGACAGCUGGGUAUAGGGAUGGGGAUUGCCCCGUUUAUCACUCCAGAGCUGGAGCGAGAGCUCAGUUCGUCCCAGAACCAGCCGAAGAUCCAGACGCAGGUCCACACUGCUGGGGCUGGCAGCAGCAGCAGCAGCAAGAGUACAGGCCUCCCUUCUUCAUCCUCCUCUAUGGCUGGAGGUGUGAGCCAGACGAGCCCCAAGCCUGCCUCAUCCCCGGCUAGGCAGCCACGCCCUCUAGCCGCGAGGUCUGGUGGGGAGCCCCUGGGGUCCAGCAGCUCAGCAGAGGCGGCCACCACAGCUGCAGCAUUACCCCACAGUGGCGCCUCUGAGCUGGGAUCAGCAUCUGCCGCCAACGCCCAUUCAACUGGAAACACUCUGUCCUGCACCUUGUGUCAUGAGAGGCUGGAAGACACACACUUUGUUCAGUGUCCAUCAGUGCAAGGACAUAGGUUCUGCUUCCCCUGCACCAGAGUGUACAUCCAGAGCCGGAGAGGUGAUGGGGAGGUGUACUGUCCCAGUGGAGAUCGCUGUCCGUUGGAUAACUCUCUCAAUAGCCCCCCUUGGGCCUUCAUGCAGGGAGAGGUCUCCACCAUACUGGGCACAGCUGGAGCAGGAGCUGCGUCGGCUGCUGCAUCUGGAGCUGGGCCCGGGUCUGGAGCUGCAGGUGCAUCUGGGGCCGGGGGUGGAUCUGCCAGUGGAGCUGCAGCUGGAAGUGGGGACGUCACCGUCAAGAAAGAGAGAGAGACGUGAUUUUCAUGGAAACCAGGACCCAACACAGCAACAGACUUGUUUCAAACACCAGAAUGAGUGCACAGGACCGCUGAGAGAUCCAGAAGAGCAGCAACACAGAAAAUCACAGGUCUUAACUCCACUUACUCACGCAACCCAGUUCUACCAACAUUAUCAGACUUGGCUAGAGAUCUGACUAAAGUUAUGCUUAACACGUU